CAGCGGCCGGUGGACUUGACCCGAGUCUGUCGGGUACCGAGACACAGCAGAGGGGCACGGAGCCGAAUCCGGCAGAACCGAGUUUGACGGAGGCUGCACCUGCCUUAGGAACCAGAGGCCGCGCUGGAAGAAAUGAACUUCAAAAUUGUGACUGCUGACUUUAAUCAGGAGGAAGAAGUCAGUUUGAACUCUUCUCCAAAGACCCUGGAUAAGCAUAUGUUCCACAGAGACAUAGUUUCUUGGGAUUUGGAAGCUGCAUUUGGAAAAAGAGAAUCAGCAUCAAAGCAGAGCACUUUUUAUGAUGAAGCAUUUAGCGAAGUGAAAAUAGAAAGGCUGACAAAAGAUGGCCCAUGGUUAUCUUCAUGUGAAGAAAUUCAGGAUUGCCAGGAGCACUUAGAAAAGCUGGAAAAACAUGAGAGACUGUUGAAAGAAGUGGCAUUGGCUCAAAAGAAGGCUAAUGAAAGUGAUAAAUUUGAAAGCAAUUUCAUUUUUCUUUCACCUCAGUUAUUACCCAUAAGGAGCCACUUAGUUAAACAUGCUUCACAAGUUAAAAAAUUCAGUCUCACUUCUGUUGUGAACAGUCCUCAAACUGUUAAUGACAGUACAAAGCUAUAUAAAAAUAAUGAAUAUGAAAACUUCCACCCAGAACAUUCGUUUUAUUCAUUUAACAAAAACUCAAAUAGAAAAUAAGUCCUAUGAUUUAGUGACAGUAUUCAACCUUUUAACUUCAGUACAUCCUUAAAUAUUUGUGAGAAAAUACAUACAAGAGGGAAAUCCUUUACUUUUAAGGGAUGUGGGCAAGUUUUAAAUCAUGGUGUAUCCCAUAAUGAGAAACAGAGAAUCUCUGUUAAAGAGAGUCAAUAUAAAUGCAGUCAAACCUUCCAGGGCUCAUCCCUUGCUCGCAAUAUGAAACCUAGUUCUGAAGAGAAACCCUUUGAAUGUAGUCAGUGUGGAAAAAGCUUCAGCUGGAGCUCUCAUCUUGCACAUCAGAGGACUCAUACAGGGGAGAAACCAUAUGAAUGUAAUGAAUGUGGAAAGUCCUUCAGCCGGAGCUCUCACCUUGUAUCACAUCAGAGAAUUCACACUGGAGAGAAACCAUAUAGGUGUACUCAGUGUGGGAAAUCCUUUAGUCAGAGCUAUGUUCUUGUUGUGCAUCAGAGAACUCACACUGGAGAGAAGCCUUACGAAUGCAGUCAGUGUGGGAAGUCUUUCAGGCAGAGCUACAAGCUCAUUGCACAUCAAAGAACUCACACUGGAGAGAAGCCCUAUGAAUGCAACCAAUGUGGAAAGUCAUUUAUCCAGAGUUACAAACUUAUUGCACAUCAAAGAAUUCAUACUGGAGAAAAACCUUAUGCAUGCAAUCAAUGUGGUAAGUCUUUUAGUCAAAAUUAUAAGCUUGUUACUCAUCAAAGAAUACACACAGGAGAAAAACCUUUUGAAUGCAAUCAGUGUGGAAAAUCCUUCAGCUGGAGCUCUCAGCUUGUUGUACAUCAACGAACUCACACUGGAGAGAAACCCUUUGAAUGUGAUGAGUGUGGGAAAUCUUUUAAUCGCAGUUCUCACCUUGUUAUGCACCAGAGAACACAUACUGGAGAAAAACCUUAUGAGUGUAAUCAGUGUGGAAAGUCUUUCAGCCAGAGCUAUGUUCUUGUGGUACAUCGGAGAACUCAUACAGGAGAGAAGCCCUAUGAGUGUAGUCAGUGUGGGAAGUCUUUCAGACAUUCAUGUCUAACUCAACAUCAGAGGACUCAUACCAGAGAGAAACCCUAUGAGUGCAGCCAGUGUGGGAAAACAUUUAGCUUGAGUGCUCGAUUAAUUGUUCAUCAAAGAACUCAUACUGGGGAGAAACCCUUUAUGUGCAGUCAAUGUGGUAAAUCUUUCAUUAACAGUUCUAAACUUACCAGGCAUCUGGCAACUCAUACUGAAGACAUACUGAUUGUACCUAGGUGAAAAUUCUAUUCUCACCCAGAAUAUACUUCUCUAUUUUUAAAAGGUAAUUUGUAUGAAAAUAUAUAUGGUAGUACAUAUGAAAAUAGUGUGAAAACAGUAGAAAACAUCCAGUUAACAUUCUGAUGUUGUGUAUUUGGAAACUUUGUAGACACUAAGGUGUAAAAAUUUAUGAAUAAUGUUUUACUUGGCAAUUUUAUAUACUAACAUGUAGCCCUUAGGAACAAAAGAAAGCAACAAAUAUUUGCACUUUUACUUGCAGACAGUACUCUAACUUGAAUCUUGAGAGAAUUAUCAUUACGUAGGCAACAUAUAUUGAGGAGUCUCUAGUGAGGUGGUAUAUUUGUAGUGGUGGAAAAUUUGUUGUAUUUAUUACAACUUAGACUGGAAACAACUUCUGUGAAUUCUGUCUAUACCUAACAUUUUUUUUAUAUAAGUUUUAUAUGUGACGAGUUCUGAAAAAUUAGGUAAAAUGCAACAAGGGCAACAAAAGGGAAUAAAUAAAUAAAUAAAAAUACUUUUUAAAAAAUUAGGUAAAAUGUCUGUGACAGAAAUUAGAAAAUGAAAAGCAAGAGUACCAAAUACUCAUUUUCAAAAUUGUGUAUUGGUCAAAUCUGAAAGUGAUUCUGUGUGUAUGGGAUUUUUAUUUAAAUAAUUUAUUUUAUUUUAGAGAGACAGAAAUAAAGAGAGAUCAGACCAC